AUAUUCGUAAUCGUGAUAAAAAAGUCCAUUUCGAGAAUUUGACAGAAGAACUGUCAUCGUCUGCCUAUUCGAUAUAAAUUUUAAAUUCUAGAAUCUUAGAAAAAUGAAUCGAUUGUUUGGAAGAGGAAAAGAUAAAGCUCCACCACCAAAUUUAACUGAUGUUAUUUCUGGGGUGGAUUCUCGUGCAGAUGAAAUUGAAAAGAAAGUUCAAAGAUUAGAAGCUGAGCUACGAAAAUAUAAAGAUCAAAUGGCAAAAAUGCGUGAGGGCCCAGCUAAAAAUUCAGUCAAGGCAAAAGCAAUGCGUGUUUUAAAGCAAAAGAAAGCUUAUGAACAACAAGUGGAAGGUUUAAGAAAUCAAUCAUUUAACAUGGAACAAGCAAAUUAUGCAACUCAAGCAUUAAAGGAUACACAAAAUACGGUGGCUGCAAUGAAACAUGGUGCUAAAGCUAUGAAACAAGAAUUUAAAAAAAUCAAUCUCGAUGACAUUGAAGAUGCACAAGAUGAUUUAGCCGAUUUACUAGAACAAGCCGAUGAAGUACAAGAAGCACUAGGUCGUACAUAUGGUGUACCCGAUGUCGAUGAAGAUGAAUUAGCUGCCGAAUUGGAUGCAUUAGGUGAUGAAAUUGCACUAGACGAUGAUACAAGUUACUUAGAUGAUGUUGUUAAAGCACCAGAAGCUCCCGAUAAGGAUCCAUCUAAAGAUGUAGGUGUACCAAGUGGCCUUCGAAAUAAGGAUGGUGUUCUAGUAGAUGAAUUUGGAUUGCCACAAAUAAAUAGUGCCCAUUAGUUUUUGUAAAAAAAAAAUAUAUUUUAUUUCACACGGAGAGCAUUAACCAAAUCUAUAUUAUUUUCUAAGUACUAUAAAAUGAAAAUGUGCGUUCAAUUUAUGGUAAACGGAUCAUCAAUGAAGAGAUG